GGUCUAUAUGAGACGCUCGUAAGUCGAAUGUCGAAUGUCGAAAGUCAGAAAGCUUGAAAGCUUAACGGGCCAACCACUGUUAGCGUUGGAACUGAAAAGUGCUUAUUUUACAAGUGGUUUUCCUUAGCCCCCUACUUCACCUCUUUUACUUUCUUCUUAAUUAAGAGAAGCCGUCCUGCGAUUUCCUGUUGGCGAAAAUGAGUACGGUGAAGAAGAUGCUGGCGGUUCUUUUUACCAUGGCCGUGGUGACUUUGGGGGGGAACUUGGCCGGAGCCCAGAUGCAUCAUGUGGUCGGCGGCGACCGUGGGUGGGCCCCUUCCUCUGAUAUGGCCUCCUGGUGCUCCGGUAGGAACUUCAGGGUCGGAGAUAAAAUCUGGUUCAGCUACUCUGCAGCUGAGGAGAGCGUCGCUGAGGUAGGGAGCAUGGAGGAAUACGUGUCCUGCGAUGUGAGCAACCCCAUCAGGAUGUACACCGACGGCAUCAGCUCAAUCUCGCUGGAUAAAGAAGGGAUGCGCUACUUCACCAGCGGCAAGCCGGAGAGUUGCAAGAACGGGCUAAAGCUGCCCGUGAAGGUGUUGGCUCGUGAUAGCCCCCAGAACCCCAUGGCUACGACAUUGGAGGGAUCUACUUCGGCCUUGGCAACUGCGCCCACAACCCCAUCAGGCUCUACCCCUCUCUAUGAAAGCCUUUUGUUGCUGUUGUUUGGAAUUGGGCUUUACUAUCUUUCUCUCUAUAUCUAGUCCAUGGUGUUCGCAUUAGCCCCCCCUUUUUUUUAAACAAAAAUAAAAAAACCAAAAAAAUCUAGGUAUUGUGGUUUGAAUCUUAGUAUUUUGGUUGUUUUCCAUCUAACAGUUUUGGUUUUACAAUUUAGUAUUGUACAAACCGCAAAAUACAAAACUCUUAAAAAAAUGAUGUAAUCUCAACUAUUUCAAUACUUGAUAGUAUGUACUACUAAAGAUUACAUCUAUUU